CAUGCUGCGCAACGUCCCUUGCUCGCGACGCCCCUUCCCCGGCGCUCGCCACACCCUGCGCCGGGCGCCCUGAAAGUGACGCAUCCGGACGCAGCCAAUAGUUGCGGAGCGCGCGCAGAACGAGCUGAGCGCUGUGGGCGCCGAGCUCUGAGGGCCAAGAGGAGCCGCCAUGGCUGAAUGCAUACAAGAUAUCAUCAGCGGCCCGGUUUCUCCCGUAGAUGCCAAGGAAGGCCUCUUGUAUGAAUGUGAGCAUAUUUGGAAGCUUCUGGAAGAGUGUCAGAGCCACAUGCUGCUUCUGGGAACGGAAACGCUGCUAAAAUCGAAUGCCAAGCUUUCCAUGUUAAUGACACGAGUGAGAGCUUUGUCAGUGGAAUUUCGUCAAUGGCAAACCAGAUGUCCUGAAUUAAUUUCUACCAAUCCGGAUGUACUGGUAAAAUUAGGAAAACAAGAGUUGCAGAAAGUAGAGAAUGAUCUUAAAAUGAUGCUGUCAACAGUUGCGUCAAAGAAUAGGCGACUGGAAGAAGAUCUGAAAAGAGAGCAGCAGUGGCUUGAAGAUCAGGAGCAGAUACUACAUGUUCUUAAUCGAAUUGAACACGAGAUAAAAGCCCAAGAUGAAGAAAUUUCCCAAGAAAGUAUUAGCUCAAAAAAGGAGUUAUUGUGUGAACUACAAAAUAAGAUGUUGCAACUAAAGACAUCUAAGAAAGACCUCUUGAAUACUUUGCAUAAAUUCAUAGAAGAACAUUUUCCCCUUCCAAGGAAAGAUGGAAUUGCUGCAAACAAGAAUCCUUCUGAACAGCCAGCUGAACUGAUAACACUGAAUGAAAUCAUAGAGAUUCUUGUUAGCAAAUUAACGGACACACCACAUGAACCCUAUGUAACAAUCAAUGACUCAUUCUGGGUACCUUAUAUUGAGCUGCUGCUGCGAUGUGGAAUAGUCCUGAGACAUCCAGAAGAUCCAAAGAGAAUACGCCUCGAAGCCUUUCAUAUAUAGCAUGACCCACGUGUUUACCUUAUAACAUAACAGAGCACCAGUACUCUUAGGGGCUAGGACAUACAUUUUAUUUUAAGCUUUUUUAAAAAUCAGCACCUUUUUGGUGUAUAAUUUUAUUAUUUUAUUUAAUAAACUGUGCUUUGCCAUAGGAAGAUAAGACAAAAUUUUAUGGUUUUUGUACUUUUAAGUGCUCACAGUUACAGUUGGCUUUCAGUUUUAUGGCAAGUGAUGCCAAGAUUUCCAUUGUGGAGGUUUUUAUCAGCUGUUUAAUAAGAUGCAAAUGCAGGUAAUAGACAAAGUAAAGAAGUUGAACAGUCCUUUCUAUUUUAAAAAUUAUGCUUCAUACAUGACUUUUUAAUGUUUAUUUCUUAGAUUGCUUUAACUCUUCUCAAUUUCCAUUAGUAUUUUGUUGUAUUCUGUAGAGAUAAAACUUGAAAUAACAGCUCCUUCUGUACAUCGUCUUACAAACAUUUGGAACUAACAGUGAAGUAUCAUCUCAAGAAUGUGUUGUUCUGGUUUUUUCUAGAGCCUUUGCAACAAAUUUAUUGGUUUUAAGAUAAACACUUAGGAAAGCCAACACAUCUUUCUGUGCAAAGGGCUGCAGAUGUUCGGUGUGCAACUGUACAGCUGCAUGCUUCCUAAACAGCCCAUGUUAAGCAAAAUAGCAUGUCUUCACUUGUUCAGAUCUAGUUUAUCAAGAUUUAUAGCAGAUCUCUGUUCUUGAUGUAGACAUUUACCUUUGAAUAAACGGUGGCAUACUGUGUUGUACUAAUCUGCUUUUCUUAUAGCUCUCAUUAUUGUAGUCCAUGGGAGCACAAAAUUCUACUCAUGUGUAUUUAUGGAGUCUGUAACCUUGGGAAACAGAAUAUGCCUUUUAUUAACCAGAUUUCAGUUUAUUGAUGUAGGAACUAUAAUGAUUUUUCAGUUCAGAAAAAUAAACAGUUGUAUAGAA